GGGAACUACGUUUUUACAAAUGAUACAUUCGCAACUGGACAGCACACAGCUGGACCAGGAUCCGGGGAGCGAGCCUCUCCGUGGGUGCCGUAUUGCAAGACAGCGCGCAUUUGUGUGCACAAGUCCUGCGUCACAGAUUUCCCAUUUGAUAUGGGAUGGGGGCUUUUUUCAUUUUGAUAGAAACACCGUAACCGGAGAGACGGUGGCGAUGAAGCGCAUGAAGUUGCAGGAUUACGUGUCUACCAUCAUCGGGGGGUCCACCGCUCCUGCGUGACCACAAACCGUCAACAUCCAUCAUGGGCGCCAAAACAAAGGACAUGUCCCGGCAUUUCAGGCCGUUUUCGGGUGCCGCUUUCAUCUCCCAAACCUGUCAAAGGCGCCACGGCAUUACGCCUGCAAUAGAGUGCCCACAGGCAUGGGGGGCUUCGACGUGGGCGAACCUACCUAAGGAGACAAGAUGGCCGCUACGCUGCCCUGAAUGACAACCCACCCUUGCGGCCGCCCUGCUGAUCCGUCGGCAGCGAAAGUUUUGGCCCCCUUUUU